ACAGAAUUGCUACAAAACGACAGUAGUGCAACAAGUAUAACCUAUGAGAGGCGUGCUCAAGCAUUUUGUUUUUAGUAUGAUCGACUGCUUCUUUUUAUUUUGAUUGCGUUCCUAAAAAUCAUUGCAUUUCUGCAAAAGCUGCAAAAAUACUGAAAACUUGGUAGCUCUAUAAGGAGAAGUUUUUUUCUCUCUCCUCGAGUAAGAAAAGAACUAGCAAAUUAGAUUCCUCCCCUGCCAUCACAGACUUCCUGGAUACACAAAACCUGCUGCUGGUUUUACACAGGAGGUGUUAAAUUUCGGUUUGAACGUUUAAUUCCAGUAUCCUGAUUUUACUCAUCUGCUUUCUACCACGAAGAUCGAAAAGAGAAACUAAGGAAAGGAGCACGCGAAGUGGGUUUGGAUAAGUGUUAUAACUGUGAAUACGCAGAAGUCUUUCCGUGAUUUGACCUGGAUUUUUUUCACAUUGCUAAUCUCAUCUGGUAAAUCCUUUUUCUCUCUCAUCUGAUGAAAUGGGCAAUGGUAUUCACAGUUUACAAGACUAGAAAGCGUUUCUUUUCUGUAACGUUUAACCAGGACAAAGAGGUAUCUUAAAUGAUAUUCUUCAACCAAAAAGUAUCAUUUCCUCCGCAGACACUUGAUAUUUCCAUGAGCAUGUGCACAGUUAAUGAUUUCAAUUUCUUUUGAUCGGGGAGAAUUGUGUCCCUAAAAAACCUCUUUCUGUGACGUGAAUUAGUUCAGUUUCUUCAAACUUAGCCGCCCGGAUAACCUGAAAUUUGAAUUGUACUGUACUUAGGUGAUGCUUAAUGCGUAAAGAGAGCGACAGGAUCGGGCGCAAUGGCACUUUUUGGGCGAAGGAGCCGGCCGAAGUUGAUUAUUUUUAUUCUUGGAGCAUGUACUGCGGGAUAUUUAAUUUUUCACAAGAACAAGGACAAGGAGCAGGGAUCUGCGAGCAGGCGAGGAGUUCUUACAGGUGGAACUGCCGAGGACACAGAAAGGUUACAGAAACCUGUUUAUGAAAAGCCACCAUUAGACAUAAAUGCCCUGGGAGAACUGGGAAGACCCGUAAAACUGGAACUAGAUGGAGAUGAGAAGAAGAAAGAAGAGGAGAGCAUCAAAAAGCAUCAGAUCAAUAUUUAUCUCAGCGAAAAGAUCUCUCUUCACCGCAGGUUGCCUGUAAUAUGGAAUCCACUCUGUAAAGAACUGAAGUAUGAUUACAUCCACCUUCCAACCACCUCUGUUGUUAUUGCCUUUUACAAUGAGGCUUGGUCAACACUACUGCGAACGGUGCACAGCGUUCUGGAGACCUCGCCUGACAUCCUUCUCAAGGAAAUCAUCCUUGUUGAUGACUACAGUGAAAGAGAACAUUUGAAGGAGCCCCUGGAGCGGUAUAUUUCAAGCUUGCGGAAAGUGCGCUUGAUCCGAGCCCAGAAGAGGGAGGGGUUGGUGCGGGCUCGCGUGCUGGGGGCGUCCAUAGCCACGGGCGAUGUGCUGACGUUCCUGGACUGCCACUGCGAGUGUCACGAAGGGUGGCUGGAGCCCCUGCUACACCGAAUAAAGGAAGACGAGUCUGCUGUGGUGUGUCCUGUCAUUGACGUCAUUGACUGGAACACAUUCCAGUAUCUAGGGAAUUCCGGGGAGCCUCAGAUUGGAGGUUUCGACUGGCGGCUGGUCUUCACCUGGCACACAGUCCCCGAGCACGAGCAGAAACGAAGGAGUUCUCCCACUGACGUCAUCAGGUCACCAACAAUGGCUGGGGGCCUGUUUGCUGUCAGUAAAAAAUACUUCCAUUAUCUGGGCACUUAUGACACAGGAAUGGAAGUGUGGGGAGGAGAGAACUUGGAAUUCUCCUUUAGGAUCUGGCAGUGUGGUGGCAGCCUUGAGAUUCACCCUUGCUCUCACGUGGGGCAUAUUUUCCCGAGACAAGCCCCCUAUUCCCGCCGCAAGGCUUUGGCUAACAGUGUCCGCGCCGCUGAGGUCUGGAUGGAUGAGUACAAAGAGCUCUACUACCACAGGAACCCUCAUGCCCGUCUGGAAGCCUUUGGGGACGUGACUGAGAGGAGAAAGCUCAGAGGCAAACUGGGGUGUCAAAACUUCAAGUGGUACCUCGAAAAUGUCUACCCAGACAUCCAUGUCCCAGAAGACCAACCAGGAAUGUUUGGCAUGCUGAAGAACAAAGGGAUGGUGAACUAUUGUUUUGACUACAAUCCACCAGAUGAUAAUAAUGUUGCUGGACAUCAGAUCAUCCUGUAUCCUUGCCAUGGCAUGGGACAAAAUCAGUUCUUUGAAUACUCUUCUGACAAUGAGAUCCGCUACAACACCAGAGAACCAGCAGGCUGUGCUACAGUGCAGCCUGGGACAGAGUACUUAACCAUCCACUUAUGCAGGAAGCCGGGGCUGCCAGUCCCAGAAGAUCAUAAAUUUAUCUUAAGAGAGGAUAGUACCUUGUUCCACAUUAAAACACAGAAAUGUGUGCAAGCUAUUGACAAAUCUGACGCAGGCAGUCCAGCUCCAGCACUGAGACCGUGCACAGACACCAACUUCCAGAAGUGGUUUUUCGAGGAGAGACAAUAAUACAGAAGAAUGUUUUGUUUUGUGGUCAUGCAGUCCUGAAAACACAGAAGUGUCAUCUGUGUUGAGAGGCAGUUGUCACAAGCCUAUUUCCUGCCUUACAGUCUCAAUGAUGUGUUUUUAAAAUGGAAAAAAACAACUUUUUUUCUUAAUGUGUCGAAAUGAGACUGCUCAUGAAGAAUGAUUGAUUUAUUAAGGAUUUUCAUGGAAUGAGACAUGGAAUGAAUGUAAUGUUGUGAUAUACAUGUAUUUCUUUUAUUUAAAGUUUCCUAAAAUAUUAUGGUAAAAAAACAAUAUGCAUAUAUGUCAACACAUAAUAAGUAAAAAUGUAAUAAUGUAAAAUAUUAACAAAGAGAAAGCUAGAAAAAGCAUUUAAUGUAACAAAGAAUGAUGCUACAUAUUUGCUUAGGACAAUAUUAUAAAAUAUUGUUUUUUUAAAUAUUUUAAAAUAUAUUUUAAAAUAUUUUUUAGAAAUGUUUUUCAAAAAUGAUCCUGGGAAUUGAAACGUUUAGCGAAAUGACUUUCUUAUCCUCUUGAAUAGCUAUUUUUAAACUUCCGGUACUGUAUAUCUGGAAAAUGGCUAUGAAGAUAAAGAUAAAAAUGUUAAAAAAAA